AUGUCCUCGAAAGCCUCUGGUGCCGCGGACUCGCUGCUUCAUCCAGACUCGUCCAAAACUCCCGUCCGCAUCGAGAUCUUUGCGGCCUUUGCCGCUAUUGCCUGGUACAAUGCCAUUGAGCUCAUCAUCUUGUGUUUCGUCUCCUUCAAACGUCGCCGCGGCUGUUAUUUCUGGAGUCUGCUAGUCGCGUCAUCUUGUAUCGUCCCACACUGUCUGGGCUAUGUCCUUCUUUUCUUUCCCACGGGGGUAUCCCCGUACAUCUGCGUCACGCUCGUCGUCUUCAGUUGGUACGGCAUGGUGACGGGUCAAUCGAUGGUGCUCUGGUCACGCCUACAUCUGGUCUUGCAAAAUACCAAAGUGCUUUACGGAGUGCUGUGGAUGAUCAUAGUGGAUGCGAUACUCUUCCAUGUUCCGACUACCGCCCUACUAUACGGGACCGUCGCAGCCCCCAUCAGUGUCUGGUCGCGUGGAUACAGUACAAUGGAGCACAUACAGCUUGUGGGAUUCUGCAUCCAGGAGCUGAUCAUAUCGGGAAUCUACGUUUGGGAAACGGUGAAGCUGCUGCGACUCCGACCACAAGGUCGACCAAACGGGAUCCUCCAUCAACUCCUCACAAUUAACAUCAUCAUCCUCCUCCUCGACAUCGCCAUCGUCGUCAUCGAAUACGUCGGCUACUACGCGGUUCAAGUCAUGUUCAAACCCGUCGCGUAUAGUAUCAAACUCAAACUCGAAUACGCCAUCCUCGGUAAACUAGUAGCCAUCGCCCAGGGUGCUCAGACCUACAAUGACGACGAGUUACCCUCCAGCACGCGCGAGAUCAAUUCCUUCCCGUCUUCGCAGGAAACGCCGCCCCGGCCGGGAUUUGCUCAACAUCCGCGUCGCAUGUACAAUUUUCCGUGGUUUUGGGAGAAUUCUCAUCAGUCCAUUUGCACGUCAUCAGGGAUAUGA